AUGCAGAGUUUAUUCAAAGAAGGGGAUAUAAUGAUAGGAGGGAUUUUUCCAGUUUUCCACAAAGAGAUCAGCAGAACUGGUACGUUUGAGAGGAAGCCUCCUGGAGUGGUUUGUGAGGGAUUUGAUCUACGGGUUUUUCGAUGGACUCAAGUCAUGAUAUUCGCAGUUGAAGAAAUUAACAAAGAUUCUGCUCUCCUUCCUAACAUAUCUCUUGGUUAUAGAAUCUUAAACUCUUGUGCAUCUCCCACUAAUGCUUUACGUGCUGUACUAACUCUGGCCAGUCGCCCAGAGGAGAUAAAACAGAAUUCUCCUUGUCCUCCAUCUAUAUCUGCUCUGAUAGCAGAGUCAGGAUCAUCUCAGUCCAUUGCUGUUGCUGGAGCACUUGGACCAUUUCAAGUGCCAAUCGUUAUACAUGUAAUAGGAGGUGUCGAGGAAAAAAGAAGAGACAGGCUUAAUGAUUUGGCAAUAGAGGGAGUGAGUAGUUUUGAUUCUAGUUCACCUAAGUGCAAGAAACUGGGAGACAGUGAGCUUCCAGCUUUACAAUCUGAGGGGGAUGUUGUUAUUGGAGGGAUUUUUCCUUUACAUUAUGGAACCUUAGAGCCACAGCACACCUAUCAAAGCAAACCCCAAAUCACACCUUGUAGUGGUUUUGACCACCGAGCGUUCCGCUGGAUGAUGACGAUGGUUUUCGCAAUCGAGGAAAUUAACCAUAAUUCAAACAUUUUACCGGGUGUUCAUUUAGGCUACAGAAUCAUGGACUGCUGUGACAAUGUCCACACCAGCCUGCAAGCCCUUCUCUCUUUAAUCACGGCAUCUAAUCUUCCAAAUAAUGAAGACAAGCAAACAGCAGAGAGUGAAAACACAUUUGAUUUGACAAAUGAAAAGGAUUUUGGAAAAGUUAGGCUGAAUUCUGUGGACCUUACCACUGUAAUGCCUUUUAAAGUGAGAAACAAAUCAAAUUAUGUGAACAAUAAUGAAACUGAAGGGGGAACAAUAACACAGCUGGAAAAUUCCAGUUGUUUGUUUGGCUCUCCCAUUUCUGCUGUGAUCGGUCUUGCGUCCUCUUCCCCGACAAGAGCCAUGGCUGAAGCUCUUGGCCCUUUCAACAUCCCACUGGUGAGUUAUUUUGCCACUUGUACCUGUCUCACUAACAAGCAUUUGUACCCGUCAUUUUUGCGAACGGUGCCAAGUGAUCUGUUUCAAGUUAGAGGUCUCGUACAGCUCGUCACCUUCCUAGACUGGUUUUGGGUGGGAACGCUAGGAACCACGGAUGACUACAGUCAAUAUGGCAUCCAAGCAUUCUCUAAUCAGUUUAAAAAAGAAGGGGGUUGUGUGGCAUUUCAUCUGACUAUUCCAAAAUCACCCACUCUGCGUGACAUAAAACAAAUGGCAGACAGACUGCAGAGCUCCACAGCAAAGGUUGUGGUGGUCUUUGCCACAGAGGGACAGCUCCUGGAUCUGUUUUUAGAGCUUAUUCAGAGGAAUCUAACUGGCCUACAGUGGGUGGCUAGUGAAGCCUGGGUGACUGCCAGCCUUCUAACUUCACCCCACUUCCAUCCUCUUUUAGAAGGAACGCUGGGCUUCUCCUUCCCUGGAGCCAGGAUCCCCGGCUUAAAAGAGUUUCUUUUGAGUGUUCGCCCAUCUUCCCAACCAGGGAUGGAAUUUAUUAAUAUGUUCUGGGAAGAACAAUUUGGUUGUAAGCUUGACCUUGGGUCAGUCAGAACUACUAAAAAUAGCGCCGAUAGUCCUAGUAACAAUAAAAACACAUCUAUUGAGAGACAGAAAAGCUCUUUGAAACUAUCAGCAGAUGACGAAGGUGUUGCUGCAAAGCCUGCAUGUACAGGUUUAGAGGAUCUAAGCCUCAGUCCCAGCAGUUACACUGAUGUAUCUCAGGUUAGAAUAUCCUACAAUGUUUAUAAAGCUGUGUAUGCUAUCGCCCAUGCGCUGCACACUUUACUGAACUGUGGUUCUACAGGACCUGAUAAGGGAAUGUGUGAGAAACACAAACAUUUCACCUCCAAACAGUUGCUGCACCAUCUGAGAACAGUGAAUUUCACUAACCAGUUUGAGGAGAAAGUAUAUUUUGACUCUAACGGUGAGCCAGUCCCUCUCUAUGACAUUAUCAACUGGCAGAAGGACGACAAGGGUGGAAUCAGAUUUAUCAAAGUGGGAAGUUACGACGGCUCAGCUGGACAACAGCUGCAGAUAAAACAAGACAUCAUCACAUGGACAGGAGGACAAUUUUUCUCUGCACUGGCUGGCUUUUGGGUGCACCUCCCUUUCCAUUUCGGAAUCCGGCCUACCAAGCCACAACUGGAAAAGGGAGAACUCGGGCCGGCUACAGCUCAGGAUAGUUGCCUUUUCUUAGGGGAAGAACAGCGAAACAGUCUGUUUGCAGAUGGAGAUGUUGUUAUAGGGGGUUUCAGCUCUCGCGCCCUGCGUUGGAUGCAGACCAUGACUUUUGCUAUCAAAGAGAUCAACCAGCGCAGGGAUCUUCUCCCACACCUCAGGCUGGGUUACCACAUCCACGACAGCGGUGAUGACAUACCUGUGUCUUUAAGAUCCUCCUUUUUGUUGGUGAAUGGCCAGCCAAAGCGAGGCCUUGGUGCCGAGAGUGUGAGUAACAACCAGAGUGUAAAAAAAGGCAACAGUUUAACGUGUGGUGCAGUAGAAAGGACGGUGUCAUCAGUAAUUAUCGGAGAUGCAGGUUCUGGGGUGUCCAUGGCUCUUCUACGAAGUCUGGGUUCCUUCCAUAUCCCCUUGAUGUCAUCUGCAAAGGUUAUCAUUAACUUUUCUGGUGAGUCAGAGAUGCAAAGCAUUCUCAGAGAGACCCGGCUCAGAAAUAUAACUGGUUUACAGUGGAUCGCCAGUGAAGCCUGGGCCACGGCCAGAUCACUUUGGGAAAAAUCUGGACAUCUCCUAAUGGGAACACUAGGAUUUGCCAUCCAGAGAGCUGCUAUGAUUCCAGGACUGCAACAACAUCUCACAAAUCUUACACCGUCCUCCAUUCAGAAUCAAGCUUACUUUGCAGAAUUUUGGGAAGAAACCUUUAAAUGUCAACUUAAUGGAUCUAUGGACAGUAAACCUUCAGGGGUUGAAAACCACUCCAACAGAGUUCCUUGUGAAGGCUCAGAGGAUUUAAAGCAUGUUUACUCGCCUUAUUCUGAUGUGACACAACUAAGAGUGUCUUAUAAUGUCUACAAGGCUGUAUAUCUGGUGGCCCAUGCCUUGCAAGAUAUGAGUAAUUGCAUAACCGGAGCAGGGCCUUUCCUGAAUGGCACAUGUGCAGACUCAAAACAUUUCCAACCUUGGCAGCUUAUUUACUAUAUGAAGCGGGCUAAUUUUUCUGCACUGGGUGAGAAAGUAAAUUUUGAUCAAAAUGGUGACCCCAUAGCUUAUUAUGAUCUCAUGAACUGGCAGAAGAGACCUGAUGGCUCUCUACAUUUAGUAAAAGUAGGUUUCUACGAUGCCUCUUUGCCAGCUGAUUCACUGGAGUGCUCACGCUGCUCGGAGGACACAUGGCCCAAUAAAGACAGAAAUAUCUGCAUCCCAAAGGCAAUAGAGUAUCUGUCUUUUGAUGAGCCGAUGGGAUUCCUG